AGAGUAUAGUUGAUGGCUGAAAUUUGGUCUCGGUUAAUUUAAUAAAUCAGCUAGUUCUCUCAGACAUGGGCAUUUUUUUGCCCCUUGCUCUUUGCUUCUUGCCUCUCUUCACUGAUGCAGUGCUUCAUUCCUACAUCAUCACCUACACUAAAGUACAGGGUAUUCCAGGGGUUGAGUUUACUGCUGUAACAGAAGUGGAUGAUCAGGAGGUUUGUUACUAUGACUGUAACAUUCAGAAGCUGAUUCCCAAGCAAGAGUGGAUGAAGAAAACUGAAUCUGAAGACUUUGUGAAUGCAGUUGCUGCAAGAAAUAAACAUUCGUGCGCGCUCUUCACAAAGUAUACUGACUAUGUCAAGAAUCUUUUCAGCCACACUGGAGGUGCAUACAUUUAUCAGAGGAGAUAUGGCUGUACCUGGGAUAAUGAAACCAAAUAUUCUAAUAAGUUUGAUGCAUUUGGAUAUGAUGGAGAGGAUAUCAUUACUCUGGAAGAGAGUAAAUACAUACUUUCAAAGAAAGCAAGAGAUAAGUGGAAUGAAGACAUUGCAGAAAGCUUUCUUGAAAGAGGCAAAAAGGAUUGUGUUAUCUGGCUGAAUAAGUUCUUGACCUUUGGAAAUGUUGAGAGAAUAGUUCCACCAAAGGUAUUUCUGAUCCGGAAAGAGCCCUCCUCUCCAGUGGUAUGUCAAGUCACAGGUUUCUACCCAGCAAAUCUGACAAUUACCUGGACAAGAAAUGGACGUGACCACAAUAAUAACGUGGACCCUGGAGAACUCCAGCUAAAUGAAGACGGGACCUUCCAAAUGAGCAGCACUUUAAGAGUGACUCCAGAGGAGUGGAAAGGGAACCAGUAUUACUGUGAGGUGAACACACCUUAUGAUGUUUGGAUAACUAGGGGUAAAGCUGAUCUCAAAUUUAAUACUGAUUCUGCCACACAUGACACAGCAAAUUGGCCUGACUGGAACACCAUUGGCUAUGGAGUGGUUGUUGUGAUUGUUCUGCAGUGUGUUACGCUGAGUGCAUUGGCAUACUGCUGGAAAUACGGGAAGUCCAGCAAAGGUAAGUUCCUCUCACAAUUCAAGUAA